AUGUCGCCUUUAGGCCAAUUCCGAAAACUUGUCAAACAUGUACGCGCUAUGCUCUGUUUCUGUGGUGCCGAUAUGUUCGACGAAAAUUAUACUGUGCUUAAUCCAGUAUUUAUGGUUUUACUAGUGUUUUUAGCGAUAUACGCCGUAUGCUUCAUAAACACCAUAUACGAUGGCUUUGUGACCAACAAUGACUGGACAAUAAUUUUGCAGUGCCUUGCCAUAGGGUCAUUGGCCGUUCAGCAUUUGGAUAACAUAUAUGACGAAUAUCAGAAUAGAGGCUCACGAUACGAAUACGCCUUGAAAAAAACAUUGCAAAGGGUAGCAAAAUGCUCGAAGAUUGCCGGCGUAAUAUAUUUCACGUCGGUAGCCGGUUUAAUCGUUUUACCAAUUAUUUAUGUGCUAAUAACAGGCAAACGAGAGCUCACCUUAACCGCUUUGAUACCGGGAAUUGAUCCAAAAGAACUGCUUGGUUAUUUCAUUCACACUGGUUUUCACUCUGCUAUCAUAUUCUUUGGUGGUGUGGGUUUCUUCUGUUCUGACACGAUCAUGUUUUCGAUGUUACUUCAUGUGCUUUUGCAUCGAGAUAUAAUGAAGGCGAAAUUCCAUGACUUGAAUGAGAUCACUGAGCAAGAAGAUAAACCAGUUGAAAGAAGCAGAUCUUUAUUAAAUGAUAUAAUUGCUUGGCAUCAGAAAUACAAUUUAUAUAAUUUUAUUUUUAAGAACGAUGACGUUACAAGAAUGAUUUAUGAGGUUUGCAUCUGGUAUAGGUUGAAGGUGAAGGAACAAAAAAUGAUUCUGCUCAUGUUGCGUAAAUCGCAAAAUGCUGCCAAACUAACUGUUGGUAAAAUAAUGGCUUUGAACUUCAGCACAGCAUUACAGCUAAGCAAAGGCAUUUACACCUUUUUGAUGCUUUUGAUAAAUUUUCUGGAAUAA